AAUUCUCAAGUCCAGGAUGAAUGAAUGCCACUAUGAUAAACGCAUGGACUUCUUUUAUAACAGGAGUAACACUGAUACGGCCGAUGAGUGGUCAGGGACUACUCUUGUAAUAGUUUUAUGCUUCGGCACUUUUUUUUGUUUCUUUAUUUUCCUUUCAAACUCAUUGGUCAUAGCUGCUGUGGUAAAAAACAAGAAGUUCCACUACCCCUUUUAUUAUUUGCUAGCCAACCUCGCUGCUGCAGAUUUUUUUGCAGGUAUCGCUUAUGUAUUUUUGAUGUUCAACACUGGCCCAGUGUCAAGAACAUUAAGUGUAAAUAGGUGGUUUUUGCGCCAGGGACUUUUGGACACAAGUUUGACAGCUUCUCUGGCCAACUUACUGGUAAUUGCUGUUGAGCGCCACAUAUCUAUUGUGAAGAUGAGGGUUCACAGCAAUCUCACAAAGAAGAGGGUCACGUUUUUUAUUCUGUUGAUCUGGGCCAUCGCGAUUUUCAUGGGCGCGGUGCCCACAUUAGGCUGGAACUGCCUGUGUGACAUUUCCACCUGCUCUUCUCUAGCUCCUAUUUAUAGCAGGAGUUAUUUGAUAUUUUGGACAGUCUCCAAUCUGGGAGUUUUCUUCAUCAUGGUUGUUGUAUACAUAAGAAUCUACAUGUAUGUCCAGAGAAAAACAAAUGUUUUGUCUCCGCACACUAGUGGAUCCAUCAGCCGCAGGAAAACUCCGAUGAAACUUAUGAAGACCGUCAUGGCAGUAUUAGGUGCUUUUAUUGUGUGCUGGACUCCUGGACUUGUCGUACUACUCCUUGAUGGUUUGAAUUGCACUCGUUGUGAAGUUCAGAAUGUUAAAAGGUGGUUCCUUCUCCUAGCUCUGCUGAACUCUAUCAUGAAUCCAAUAAUUUACUCUUACAAAGAUGACGAGAUGUCGAAUACUAUGAGGCGCAUGAUUUGUUGCUCAUUUGAGGAGAGAAGCCAGGAGCGGCGGUCUUCAAGGAUCCCCUCGGCAGUGCUCGGCAGGAGCAUAGAUUCUUCUAGCCAGUACUUGGAAAAUGGCAUUAGUCAAGUGACCAUCAGUGGCAAAGAAAAUACAUGAAUUCUCCUCCUCCUCCUCCAAAUGGGGACUGCAGCGGGGGUAGGCCACAAUCCAAAUGAUCUCUGAGCCACCUGAGAUCACUGAACCCUGAAACCACAGAAGAAUAUGUUCUCUGUACCAAAACCCAGAUCCCAGGGUUACCUGACAUCUUUGUAAAUAAUUACUGGAUGGGGAAAAAUGUACUUGAAAGGAUGUGAAAGAAUAGAAGGAGUGGUUUCAACUCUGCAGUGUUCCUUUUAAAUCUGGAAACAGUACAAGCAGCAUUAUAGAGUCUCCUUCCUCAGAGGUCUAGGCAGUGGUGAGAUGUCACUGUGCUAGGGCUGCACCUUAACGGCCAAUUGUGGCAAGGUGGCAGGGUCAGCUUCUCAGGAGACGGUGGGGGGUGGGGUGUUCCUCAUCCUCAAGUGAGGCUUUAUUUUUACAUCUUUUGAGGGCUGCCAUCCCCAAUUAUGUUUUUGGUACCUGGCCCAAAAGUACCUCAGUUGCCAAACAUUGGACUCUCUGUCAGUGCUCAGCACUUCCUUCUGACAAACAUCUGUUCAUUAAGCAAAGAUUAAGCAAAUACUCCAAACCAAUGAGUGCUUUUCUGCAACCACAACAAAGCAGCUGGUUGGUUCGAUAAUGCCAAGUAAGGCAUUUUAGUGGCCCAGCAAGUAGGAGAAGACACUCGCAGGUGGCAAAAUGGAUUGCACCACCAUUGCAGACUUGGGGUUGUUCCCUUUUAAUAAAAAGCCAACACAGGUAACCAUGAUAUUAUGGAAUAUUGUAAACUAGCUUCUCCACAAUGUUCCAGUUCUUUACAUGAAGGGCUUUCUCUUUUGUGAUUAUCAUUUCUGUAAUAGAGAGUAUUCAGUCAGUUUUGCUACCUCUCUUCUGUCUGAAGUGGUACAGCCCAGACACCAAUUUCUUUCUUUGAGAAGGAGCUAGGCCAGAAUUAGUUUGGUUAUUCAGAGUGGCUUUUAAAUUGUUUGCUUUAGGUAGCAGCCUACAGCUGCUCUGAACUCAGGGGGAUUUGCUUCUGAGUAAAUAUAGUCGGCUGUUUAGUGUUAUAAGUGGAACGUUGUACAUGUUCUGCAAUUAAGCAUUUUAAUAAAGAUUUUUCAGGCUGUAAAUGUGAGUUGUAGAACCAGCAUUUGUCCUUUAUCUGCCAUU